CAUUUUUGUUUAACAGAUUUUGGCAUGCCGUUAAAGGACUAAGUGUAUAACAAGUCAUAUACAAUAAAAACACGAACCAUGACCUCGACUGUAUGCGUUUAAUGCGGUACUUCAGUCUACACCACCUCAAUUUGUCAACGUAUUUACUCUAAAAGCGUAUGCAAACUGUUACAUAAAAUUGACUGUCACCCGAUUAAUUAACCUAAAAACGUAGAGUCAAUAUUUUAUAUUUCUUGAAGAAAACGUGCAAUAGCUCGCUUAUUUGUGGUAAACGAGUUAAGAAUCGGAGCUCGGUUAUCAGUCAGGUUAUCAGUUCAGAAAACUUUGUUUCUUCUCUAGUAUGUAAAUUAGCUCUCAGAUUGAGCAAGCCUAUUGGCUACGAUUCCGAGUCAAUUUCCUAUUUCAAACCUGACGUCAGGGCAGCUAUAAAACUCAGCAAUGCUUUUAUACUCGUCUGCCGGGUGAUCCUUUAAAAACUCUACAAGCCCGCAGUCUUCUUUUUUUUCCAGCAAAGCAACAAUUUGUCAGUCACAUGCACGUUAACCUCCUCAGUUUUAGGCUAUUGUAGGAAAAAAAGAAGCCAUGAAGUGUUAAAUGUUUCAAAUUCAGACGCGCCGACAUUCGCAUGCAAAGAGAGGAACGGGAGAGACGAGUGCGCUGCUCUAAUGCGUCUGUGCCACGUCUGUGAGAGGCGAAAAAAAAGCGGGCUGUUAAUUUAUAAAAUAAAUCCACGCCGCAAAAGCCGACGCUUUUUCUUGUUUUCGAAGAAUUAAAUAAAGAAAUCAAGCUGGCUCACACUGUCUCGAACCCGACCAGUUUGACAGCCGCUCUUCACCCCCUUUGGAGGACUGUCAACAGCAAAAGGAUGGCAUCAGAACUGGCAAUGAGCAACUCCGACCUGCCCACCAGUCCCCUGGCCAUGGAAUAUGUUAAUGACUUCGAUCUGAUGAAGUUUGAAGUGAAAAAGGAGCCGGUGGAGCCCGAUCGCAGCAUCAGCCAGUGCACCCGCCCGAUCGCCGGGGGAUCCCUGUCUUCCACACCGAUGAGCACGCCUUGCAGCUCGGUUCCUCCUUCUCCAAGCUUCUCGGCGCCUAGUCCGGGCUCCGGGAGUGAACAGAAGGCACAUUUGGAGGAUUUCUACUGGAUGACCGGUUACCAACAGCAGCUGAACCCGGAGGCUUUGGGUUUCAGCCCCGAGGACGCCGUGGAGGCGCUGAUCAACAGUAGUCACCAGCUUCAGACCUUCGAUGGCUAUGCUAGAGGGCAACAAUUUACCGGCGCAGCCGGGGCAGGAGGCAGCAUGGCCGGGGAGGAGAUGGGAUCAGCAGCCGCCGUUGUCUCCGCAGUUAUCGCGGCUGCUGCAGCGCAGAACGGGGGUCCUCACCACCACCACCAUCACCACCAUCACCACCACGCUGCAGGACAUCACCCAGCGCCUGGGGUCCCGACAAACGGCACUUCGGGAGGAAACCACCAACAUACGCGCCUGGACGAACGAUUUUCGGACGAACAGUUGGUGACCAUGUCGGUGCGAGAGCUCAAUCGGCAGUUACGGGGGGUCAGCAAAGAAGAGGUGAUCCGGCUCAAACAGAAGAGGAGGACCCUCAAAAACAGAGGCUAUGCCCAGUCCUGCCGCUUCAAGCGGGUUCAGCAGCGGCACGUGCUGGAAGGGGAGAAGACCCAGCUCAUGCAGCAAGUGGAUCACCUCAAACAGGAGAUCUCCAGGCUGGUCCGGGAGAGGGACGCGUACAAAGAAAAAUACGAGAAGCUCAUCAGUAAUGGCUUCAGAGAAAACGGAUCCAGCAGUGACAACAACCCUUCCUCCCCGGAGUUUUUCAUGUCUUCGAGAAAAUUUCUCCACCUGUGAUAUGAUGACCCUUGCUUUUGGCCCCUGCAGUCUGAGGUCCUGUAACUCUGGAAUGCGUCUGGCUUAGACUGACCCAUGGCACCAAGACUGCCCCAAAGCACAACCUCUCCAAAGUCCAAUCCCCUUAUAAAACAGAGGAAGAAGAGGAAGAACACAGCAGGUGUAAAAAGACCAAUCCUGGUGCCAUUGUUCAGUCUCCAGUGCCGACCUGCCCCCUCCUUAAAUCAACAGGUCUCCGCACGGGCUGCCGUCUCCAGGGGAAAUGACCAACACCACCAUAUACAGGGGGAACGACACCAACAUUCUCCAAACUAAAAGGACAAUUAUUUUAAAAAGAAAAAGAAAAAAAAAAGACGAGCUCAAAGAGAGAAAUUCCAGCUGAAAUUUCGUAAGACUGCGAGACUUUUUGCCCUCAGGCAGCAUGGGCGCUCCUGUUGUCCUCAGAGUUGCUGCUUCAUUGUAAUUAGCAUUAGCAUAGCAUUUUGUAAAAGAUGAGCCUAGCUGCGAUCUGGAGGCAGAUAGGAUUACGAAUUAUAAUAAUAUUCAGAAACAUAAGCUCAUUAGUUCUGCACCCAAUGUAAUGUAUAACAUUGUACAGCAUAUCUAAACAGGCAGAUUCUUAGGAUGUUUCAGUGGUCAUGUCUGUAAAUAGAAAACUACAAACAUACGUUUCCGCCACAUCGUAAUUUUGGUACAGCAUUUAUUUACUCAUGUCAACCUAUAGAUUCAAUGGACAAUAACAACAACUCAAUUCCAAAGGUUGUGGUGAACAUUAGUGCAGAGUGCACCAUGGAGAUUCACCUUUAACACGGCAUUUUCUUUCUCAGAGCAUAUUUACCAGAAAAGCCCCUACAUGGAACACGUGGUGCUAGCCUACACUUGUUCGGAGAGCGGUGUACAGUAUUCAUGAGCCAGCUGGAAUGGGUGCGCAGGUGGAACGCGAGAGGAUGCCACGGCCCGGUAGUUCCUGGGAGGAGCGGUGCCAAACGCCGACUGCGCCCCCGUCUCUGCUCGGGCAGGCGCCGUGCUGGCUGUGGUACGCGACCACAUCCGUGCAGAGCAGCAACCACCAGGAUCCUCCAUGUGGCUGGACUUGGCAGCUUUUUGUACAGUAUCACACAGACUACUCUAUUCCUUUUUGUUUCUCUCUCUCUCUCUCUCUCUCUCUCUCUCUUUCUAAUCAUUUUAAAAAAGAGAGAGAGAGAGAGAGAG